AUGACAGAGCUCAAAGCUUUAGACAUCCCAGCGGUCAUUUUUGACAACGGGUCCGGAUUAUGCAAGGCUGGCAUUUCUGGGGACAGUGCCCCGCGGUCGGUUAUCACAGCCAUCGUGGGCCGCUCCAAAGCCAAAGCCACCAUGCUUGGAGCUGGCCAGAAGGAGUUCUACGUUGGAGAAGAAGCUCAGUCCAAACGGGGAGUCUUGUCCCUGAAUUACCCCAUUGACCAUGGCAUAGUGACCUCCUGGGAUGACAUGGAGAGAAUAUGGAAGCACCUCUAUGAAUGUGAACUGAGAAUCAAGCCCAGCGAAAGGCCAGUGCUGUUGACGGAAGCCCCGCUGAAUCCUCUACGGAACCGGGAAAGAAUGACCAAGAUCAUGUUUGAAAAUUUCAAGGUGCCAGCCAUGUACGUUGCCGUCCAGGCAACGCUGGCCCUCUAUGCGUCCGCACGCACCACUGGGAUGGUCAUGGACAGCGGAGAUGGCGUCACUCACACUGUCCCUAUCUACGAAGGCUACUGUUUGCCCCAUGCCGUCUCCAGGCUGGACAUUGCGGGACGGGAUAUUACUGAAUACUUCAUGAGGCUUCUUUUGGAGAGCGGCCAUUCUUUUGUCAGCACGGCUGAAAGAGAAAUUGUGAAGGACAUCAAGGAGAAGCUAUGCUACGUCGCUCUAGAUCCUGCCCAAGAAAUUAAAGCGAAGCCAGAAUAUCUAUUGAGGGAGUAUAACUUGCCGGAUGGGAAUGUCAUACGGAUUGGCAGUCAGUUGUUUCGGGCACCUGAGGCCCUCUUUGCCCCUUCCUAUGUCGGCGUUGACGCUCCCGGUAUACACCGCAUGAUUUUCAGAAGCAUCAUGAAAUGUGACAUCGAUGUCCGCAGAGACCUUUACAGCAACGUCCUCCUCUCUGGGGGAUCCACCUUGUUUUGUGGGUUGGAUGAGCGCAUGUUGAAAGAAAUGCAGCUCCAAGUGCCCAUCGGCAUCCCGGUAAGGAUUAUUGCGCCACCAGAGAGGAAGUAUUGCGUGUGGAUUGGCGCCUCUAUUCUGACUUGCUUGUCCACCUUCAAGCGAAUGUGGAUCACCGUCAGCGACUACAAAGAGUUUGGCCCAGGCGUGGUUCAUCGGAAAUGUUUUUAA